UCACAGUUCAAAGAGUCGUUUUUCGCGCUCGACCGCUCGAUUGAUUUAACAGAGAAAACCGAGGUCGAUCCACAUAGGAUAUCAGUUCUAUGAUUUUUAAAAAGAGAGAAAAAAAAUGGCGAACUUACCCAGUCCAACAGAGGUAUCUGGAAAAUACAAUGCCAUAUUCGAAGCUUAUCUUCAAAAAAUGGACCCCAAGUCAUCGGGUGUCAUUGAAGCUAUGGCUGCUGCAACCUUUCUGAAAAAGUCUGGUUUGUCGGAUGUCGUCCUCAGCCGGAUAUGGGAUUUAUCCGAUCCAGCCGGACGAGGUUUUUUGGACAAAAAAGGAUUUUUCGUUGCACUGAAAUUAGUGGCAUUAGCCCAAGCAGGACAUGACAUAAGUUUAAGAAAUAUUUUCUUGGAAACGCCAAAUCCCCCGAAAGUGGGAGAAAUACCAAAGCUUCAGCCACCAAAAAUUCAAACAGUUAUGCCCCAAGGAGGUGAUUGGUCAAUCAAACCAGCGGAUCGUCAAAAAUACGAGCAGCUGUUUGUUUCACUGCAACCAGUUGAAGGAUUAUUGCCGGGCAAUAAAGUUCGUGGUGUUCUAAUGGACUCGAAAUUGCCAUUGGAAACGCUUAGCCGCAUUUGGGACUUGAGCGAUCAAGACAAAGACGGUAGCUUAGAUAAAGUCGAAUUCAUUGUAGCAAUGCAUUUGGUAUAUCAAGCACUAGACAAGAAAGCAGUGCCAUCUACACUGCCAAAUGAACUGCAACGCUCGAACCUGGAACCGCAGAGACCAGGCAAUGACGACGGUAGUUUUGUUGCUAAUUUUCCGUCAAACAUUGCACCUCCGCCAGUUCCACCACUACCAGCUUCUAUUCCAAAAAUGGCCCGCAUUCCACCAACUGUACCAAACGUUGCGCCGUUAAUUUCAACUGAGAUUGACUUACUAACGACAUCACCGCCGGCUGUAGAUUGGGUAGUUUCUACAGCCGAUCAGCAACGGUUCGGUCAAAUGUUCAAAAAUUGUGAUCUGGAUCACGACGGUUUGGUAUCGGGUAUAGAAGUCAAAGAUGUCUUUCUUCAAUCGGGCAUUCCCCAACUUUGUUUGGCGAAAAUUUGGGCAUUGUGUGACUGCAGCCAAUCGGGUAAAUUGACCAGCGAACAAUUUGCAUUGGCUAUGUGGAUGGUCGAUCGUAAACGCAAUGGCAUGGAACCACCAGACUGUUUGGCGCCGAACAUGAUACCGCCUAGUCAACGUACAGGAACUGUCGAUUUGAUGGGAGGCAUUGUCGGUAUGGAUAAUAAUUUGUUGAUGCAAACGGAACCGCCACCGCCGACAUAUUCGAAUCCGGAAUUGGAAAUGAUUUCAAAAGAAAUCGAAGAAUUGUCCAGAGAUCGACGUCUACUCGAAACGGAUGUUGCGCAAAAAGAAGCCGAUAUUCGCAUUAAAAGUGGAGAAGUUCGUAGUCUUCAGAGUGAACUCGACACAUUGGCUGCUACCCUUAAACAGCUAGAGACCCAAAAGGGAGAGGCACAAAAACGGCUUGAUGACUUGAAAGCACAGAGAAAUGAUAUUGAUGUCGAAGUGACAAGUGUUAUACUUAAUAUUAGAGAGACCAAAGAAGAGGUCAACAAGAUCCGUGAACAGUGUCAAAAGCAAGAGGAAACAAUCAAAGAACAAGAAGGCGAAUUGGAUUCAAGACGAAGUGAACUACAAAAGUUGAAAGAUGAAGAGUCAUCACUUGAAAAGGAAUACGAUACAAAUUUGAACGAAUUGCAAAGCUUGUCGACAAAACUGCAGGAUACUCAGCUUCAAAUUAGUCAAGUUAAAGCAAUGGUAUCUCAAUUACAAGAAAGUCAACGGCAAAUGAAAGACGCAUUAACGAUGUGCAAAUCGGCUAUUGAAACCAGUGAUGUGUCAUAUGUAUCGGAUUAUUCCUUGAAAUUGGAACCAGAUUUUCGAGAGGCUAAAAGCGUUUUCGAGGUCAAAGAGGAACCGAAAGUCGAUCCAUUUAACGAACCUAGUUCCGGUGCCGGUUUUGGCGACGAUUUUAAGUCGAAUGGGUUUUCAUCGGAUCCGUUCGGAUCGAGUGGUUUCGAUAAUGGAUUCAAUGCACGCUCCGGUUUCGAUGAUUCCUUCGGAAAUAGCUUCCCUAACCGAUCGGAUGCAUUCGGUGCACCAUCAAGUGAUCCAUUUGGUGAUAAACGUGGUGGAGUCCCAGCGGUCACACCAGAUCCAAACAAAGAUGACUUUGGAAGUGAUCCAUUUGCCAUAUUACACGCACCAACAUCGGCUAGUCAAAUUUUGAACCCGAGUCCAAGUAAUCAAAGAGCACCGCCAAGACCAGAAUCACCUAGUCCGGCUUUACCGGAAAAAUCGAAAAAGGCAAAACAACCACCUCCACGGCCAGCACCGCCAAGACCUAUGCAGGGACCAGCACGAACCGAUUUAUCAUCUGGAUUUGGUGGUAGCGGAGGCUUCGCGGAUUUUGCUGAUUUUGACACAAAGACCGCCGUCGUACCUAGUUCAAAUGAUUUUGCUGAGGACCCAUUCAAAGACUAUCGCUACGAGGAUGUAUUUAGUAUAAAAGACCCCUUUGCCGACGAUAAUAAUGACGAUACGACCACAGACUUCAAAGCAUCGAAUUCGUUCUUCAAUUCUAAUGAAACUACUACGAAAACCGCCCCCACACCGGACAAUUUGUUCAGCCUCAACAACAACAUGAAACCGACCGAAGAGAAGAACAAUAAUCUAAAGUCGAAAUCGAACGUACGCGAACUGGAUAAGGAAUUCGGCACCGAUAUGUUUGCUGCUUUCGACAAUCAUUUCAAAGCAGACAAAUCCACCAACAAUAAGGCUAGUUCAGCGUUCGGCGAUCCAGUGACCACGGCACCUGGCUCAGAAUUUGUUGCAAAUUUCGACGAUGUUUUUAAGAACAAUUUUGAAGACGAAUUUGCGGCAAUGAACAUCGUGAACAAUGGCAAUGUGAAAAAGACUCCGGAUAAGAAGUACAAUUUGGAUAAUUUCAGUCACUUCGGCGAAAAACAAGACAAUUCUCGAGUUGGAAUUAGCACGGAUACGAGUGCUGGCUCGAAUAAUGCGUUCGGUUCAAUGUUUGGUAGUUCGAAUAAGAACAUUCUGGAUAAAAAUGUCUACAAAAAGGGCGCCAGUGAUAAGGUGGGUGACAAAUUUGUGGCAGAUUUUUCGAAAAGUGAUAAUUAUGACAAAGAUUUAGAAGAAGCGCUGAAAAGAAGCCUCGUUGAACAAUAAACGAGACGACGAAGAGAACUACUUUCAUUCCAAAAACAUUUAAAAAUUCUAACUUUAUUUAUAACGCGUAAAUCUAAACUAUAUCCGAAAAUCAAAAUUUUCAUUCUAAUAACGACAAUGAACAUUAACAAUUUUCGUUUAUUUAUUUUCCCGCUCUAAGACGAUGAAGCACAAUCUCUGUUUGCCUUUCAAAAUCGUUAUCACAUGUAAAUUGCAAGCAAAUCAGAACUAACUUUACCAUAUCAUGUAAAAAUCUAAUUGAAAAUGAAAAACUCUUAUGCAAUGAAUGAAUCAAUAAAUGUUUAUUUGCACAAUGAAA